AUUAUUUUUCACCUAUAUGUGUUUAUUUAUGUGUAUAGUAAACACUUUUCAAGUUUGAUUUGAUUUUAUGAAGUGUUUAAUUAGAUAAUUAAGUUUAGGGGUUAUGUUUAGGGUGUGGACGACUUAUAUUUCAGUCGUCUGUUGAAUAAUUUACACGGACGACGUAUAUUUCAGUCGUCCACAUCGUACCGAACCUUUAAUUUUACCAAUGUACGUUUUAACCUAACAGGAUCAUUUACCGGACAUAUAAAAGCUAUGUUUUCACUAUUUCACAACUUUACGAAACCCUAGCGCCAUUUCUCUCCAACGGCGAUUUCGAAGGCGAUAAGACGAAAACCCUACCGUGGUCGUGUUCCGCCGUUAUCUUCGCCGGUAAUCUCUCCGAUUACGACGAAUCUCCUUUCUCCUUCAUGCCGUAGAGUAUUUUCGUAGUUUAAACUGACCGUCCGCUUCCUUUUUUUCAGAUCUGAAAUCUCGUUUGCCAAACUCCGCCGCCGAUAUGUUAUUUCUCAUGUAUUAAGGCGUUUAGCCGCCGGAAAACCCUAAAUAUUUUAGUAUUGAUUCUUCUUUUCCCUUCGAUUUGCAGAUCUGUAACGGCUUGGGACCACAUCUUCUCCGACCAUAUCUUCUCGGACAAUAUAUUCUCCAACUGUAAGUCAUUCGUCUUUUGUUUAAAAGAUUUUGAGAUUUUUGUAGUCUUUUGCUGAAAGAUUACUCAGACGACUUCUAGGAAGUGAGAAGACUACUUGGACGACUUCCUGGAAGUCGUCCAAGUAGUCUUCUCACUUCCUGGAAGUCCUCUGAGUAGUCUUCUCACUUCAUGGAAGCCGUCUGCAAGUCUUCUAUAGCAUUUAGCAUAGUGCGCAACCUAUGUGUUUGAGAUGGUUGUUUGUGAUUAUUUGCAGGCCUUAUAAUGGAUUUACCAGAACUCCCGCCGAGGAUGUUUACAUUAGGAGAAGAGCCCGAUGCAAUCAGGAGCAUUUCGUAUCAUUCUGAUGACACGAAGUUGUUUAAAGCUCUAUGUGAUUGUCUCACAGCUGACGAAUAUGAGGAUCUGAAGGCAUCGAAGUUAGGAGUGUUCAUCAAAUUCAAGGAGCUUGACUUUGGUUGGACUUCAAGGCUGGUACAUUUUUUGCUCUGUUUUCAGCUAGACAUCAAGAAGAAGUUUGAGCUCUGGAGUCUUGUCGUUUCACAACCUGUGAGGUUUUCACUGAUAGAGUUUGAACACCUCACUGGGCUGAACUGCGAUUACAUCAAGGACCUGGAAAAUCCAAGGUGUGAGGUUACGACGGAGAUGGCUGCUUUCUGGGAGAAGAUGCAUGUUGAUAUCGAUACUGGGCCAAGUAUUGAACAGAUAACAGAAGCAUUUUACAACUGCGACGAGUGGUCUCGGGAUGAUCGCAUGCGGCUGGGAUACCUUGCCAUCUACGCAGGAUACAUCGAAGGGAAAAAGCUCUCAUCCACUACAUCAGCUAGUCUUGCAAGGCUAGUGAUGGAUUUAGAAAAAUUUGAGAAUUAUCCAUGGGGGAGAGUGGCGUUUAUGGUGCUGAUGGAUUCUCUGAAGGCAAAAGACUUGACGCAAACUGGUUACACUGUUGAUGGGUUCAUACAAGUGCUCCAAGUGUGGGCGUACUAUGCUAUGCCAGAAUUGGGUGCUAAUUAUAGGUCUCCCAUACCAAACAGACCGUCUCCACUGUUGCUGGCUUACAAGGGUGGCAAAAGACAACGCAAAUGUUUUAAGGCUGCUAUCAAUAAACAGGUACUUAACUUCACUCCUAAGACUUCUCAGACGACUAUCGUGAAGAACUUCGUUCAGAAGGAUUUUGAUGAAAUGUUUUCAAAAUGGGACGGAGACGUAGAUGACCCUGCCGCGGAUAACAUAAUUAAAGUCAUGUUUAAUGAUCCUGGAUGGGAGUGGACCAUGGAAUGCUGGCCAGUCACCGGUACUCGCAAGGUUGUGAAGAUGGAAGUGAGUCCAGUGAAGAAUGAAGUGAGUCUUGUGAAGUCAGAGAGUGUUGUGAAGGAAGAAAGUAGCAGACCUCGGAAGAAAGCUCGUAAAGGUUCUUCUGUUUCUGCUGAGACACCUGUGGCGGGUAGUGAAGGGAUGACGCAUCAGCAGAUUGAAAAGUCCUUGAAGGACAUAUCUGAUGCCAUUAAUCUUGGCUUUGGGACGUGCCUUAAGGAGCUCAAGUUACUGGCGGAUAGGAUGGUAGCUGUGGAGAAGAAGGUGGGAACCACCAACAGAGGGGGUUCAUCUGAUGAUCGUCAACUUACAACCACUUCAAAUCCACCAAAACCUGUUGACGAACCCGGGAGUGAAAGUGAGAAUGGGGCAAAAGCAGGACAGAAGGAAGCCAAAGAACCGAGUCUUACUACAGAACCGAGUUCCUCGAGUGAGCUCUCUCUUGUGAGUCCUGCAGACGACUUACCGAGUGAUGAUCCCAGCCUUCUUAUAUUGGACAAACAAGUUUCCACCGCUUCAGAUUUACUCGUUGAAAAAGCUAGAAGGCAGACAAAGAAGGAGACUGCUUUGGUGAAUCUCCGUAAAAAAAGUGUGCGAGAAAGGAAGCUUGCUCCCACACAGCAAACUCCUUUUAAGGGAAACAGCACUGCCAAACAGAUCAUUCCAAACAAACAGGUUGGCGGAGGCUAUGAUCCUUUUGCACCCUAUGACAAGAUGAAGUCGAAGGAGCUCACUGCAUGGCAAAUGGAUGCCUUUAUUAAUAUACUGAGGCAACGGUACCAAAACCAUCCAGAACAUUUCAGGAGCGACAGAAUGUGCUUUCUUGAUCAUGUAUUUUCUCGGCAGUGGAGGGCCUCCUACACUGAUUUUAAGAGCGACGCUCCUGAUGCCAACGGUUUAGGAAGAAGACUCCCUGGUGGGGCGUGGAAUUAUCAUGCAGGCGUGAUACCUUCUUUUUGCCAAUCUAAGAAGGUUUGGGGGGUGGAUGUGGAUGAUAUCUAUGCACCUGUGAACUUCAAGAACCAGCAUUGGAUUGCUAUAUGGAUAUCGAUCCCUAAGAGGCACAUCGUCGUCUGGGAUAGCAUUGUCUCUCAUAUUAGCCCUGAAGAACUCGAUGAGGUAAUGGAGCCUUUCGUCACAAUGGUCCCUUAUCUGCUUGUUGAGUGCGCGCUCUCUGGCGAACAAAAGGUUCAAUACACAUUGGAGCCAUACACAUAUGCGAGACAAACCGUUGGAGUACCUCAGUGCCGAGCUGGUGAUUGUGGCCCCUUCACUCUGAAGUACAUCGAAUGUCAUGCUCUUGGGAUGGAAUUUCCCACCGCGUUUGACAAAAAACACGGGAAGACCAUCAGGGAGAAGAUGGCGCUGGAUAUAUUUCGAGAGCUUCCUAUGUGCCAUGAAUGGGAAAACCAAGACAAUGAUGAGAACCUAGCAACGUAUGAUUAGAUAUUGGAUGUGUUAUUGUGUGCUGUUGCGAUUGUAUUUGAACUUGAUGCUUUUGUGUACUGUUGUUAGGUAGAUUAGGGGAUGUUAACAGGGUCAGGAUAGGAUGAUGUUUUUUGUAACCUAUCCUCAUACCAAACUUGAAUUCCGUAGGAAAUUAGUUUGGUAGUGCAGUAACCUUUCGGAAUAUGUAAUGUUUAACUUGUCUUUUUUAAAUUGCACUGUUGGAAUUAGUUUGGACGAUUUAACAUAGAAGGUCUACAAAGAAAAGUUCAUAAAACAUAUAAAUUCAUAACAUAGAGUCUACAGAGAAGUUCAUAAAACAUAGAAAAUCAUUGUGGACGACUACAGAGAAGUUCAUAAAACAUAGAAAAUCAUUGUGGACGACUUACUUAAAGGUCUUCUGAACGACUAACCAGAAGAAAAUUCUAGUUAAAACGUUGGACGACUAAACAGAAGGUCUUCUGGACGACUUACCAGAAGAAAAUUCUAGUUAAGACGUUGGACGACUUACUUAAAGGUCUUCUGGACGACUUACUUAAAGGUUUUCCACGUCAGUUCUUACAUUGUGGACGCUUAUGGCCAGUUUCUUUGCAGACUGAGCACCUAUAAACCCUGUGUUGCUUCCGGGGUUUGCGUCCUCUCAUCCUGGAUAGCUCCAACCAAGAUUUCCAUCUUGAUUUCUUCUGUCUCCCCGGACCACGCUUUACUUCCGGAGGAAAGCAUGUGCGUGCCUCAACAAGUUGUCCAACACAAGGAUAUAUAUUCUCUGAAUAUCCUGCAAACAAAGUAUCCUUUGAGUAGACCGGCCACACAAGUGUGGAGAUAUGCACACCAGCUGCUGUUCCAGCUGGUAUAGCAUGAGAGCAAGGUAUUUCCUCGACUUGAUAGACACCACAAUCACACUUUUGAAGUUCCAGAUCAACAUUACAGUCCCUAUUGCCACCUUUCACAAAGAACUUCCAUCCAUCAAUUUGUUGGACUCUCAGAGUAUACGCGUUCUCCUCUCGGACAGCAAGCAAGUGUUCAACACCCCGACUAUGUUGAGUUGUAAGACUCAAAGCAUCUCCUCUCCUUUUCCAGUACCACCUUCCUAGCUUCUCCCUUAUGAACUCCAGCAGGAACUGAAUAGGAAAUCCUCUUGCUCGCUUCAGUGCGGAGUUAAUUGAUUCAGCGAUAUUGCUCGUUUUUAAGUUGUACCUGUCUCCCUGACAAUGAACCCUAGACCAUAGGGUCACAUCGGCUUCCUCCAGAUACUCAGCAAGAUCCAGAUUUGCACUCCGUAUCUCAUCCAUGUACCGAUCAAAAUCGUAAAGUGUAUGAGCAUAAGCAGCACCUUUCACCAAGUACAAGAGAUGCUUCCCUUUAUACUUUUUGACAAUAUUCUCUUGAAGGUGAUAAUAACAUAUUCCUCGGGUUGCCCAAGGAAACACCUUUUCACACGCAUUUAUAAUGGAGGCGUGCUUGUCGGAGACUAUCACCAGAGGAUACUCAUCAGAUACACAGCUCGUCAAUUUUGUGAAAAACCAUUCCCAAGAUUCAUCAUUCUCACCAUCUACGAUCCCAAAAGCCAAUGGAUAUAUCUGAAAAUUACCGUCUUGUGCGGCUGCAACCAACAUAGUACCCCCAUACUUCCCACUUAGGUGAGUCCCAUCUACCACAAUGACCCUUCUCUGAUACUUAAAUCCUCUGAUCGAAGCUCCAAAAGCAAGAAAUAGAUACUUAAAUCUAUUCAGAGAAUCAAGUUAUAUAGCUGUGAUAGAACCCGGAUUUGCUGCCUUGAUUUGCUCCAAAUAUGAAGGCAGUCGCUCAUACCCGUCUUCCGCUGAUCCUCUCACCAUUUCUUGCGCAUAUAACAAUGCUCUGUAUGAAGUGGUGUAAUCAAGUGUCAUGCCAAACACGUUCUUCAUCGCAUCUUUGAUAUGCUGUGGAUUCAACCCAUCAAUGAUUCCAACUCGAUCUAUGAAAAGUCGACCAAUGUACUUCGGAGUACAACGUUUCCGCUGAGCGAUUCUGUUUGGGAUGGAACAUGUAUGAGUUGCCAAAUACUUGGUUACCCAAAACGUUUUAGUCCCAUGUUUCACACUUGCUCGGACCUUCCAUUGACAACCACUAACACGACAUGUUACCACAAACAGAGUUUUCGUUGACUUGAAUAUUUUGAAGGAGAACCGACGCCUCACCGCUGUCAACCGCAACUCUGAAACAAGUGCAUCCUUACUAGCAAAGCUCUGGUUGACAUAGAUUCUGUCUGCAGAUGAUCCUUUUCCUUCACAACCAUAUGCCCCUUUGUAAUCAUCAAAACAGAUUUCAUCAUCUUCUUCCUCAUCCUCAUCUUUAACCUUUCCAUACUCACUAUAAUCCUCAACAUCAGCGACAACAGGGAUGUCAGCAUCCUCCUCCCCAUCAUGAUCCUCAGCUUCAUUCCCCUCUUCAGCUUCAUGCCCCUCCUCAGCUUCAUCCCCCUCCUCAGCUUCAUCCCCCUCUUCAUCUUCAUCGCUCACAUCAGCUUCAUCCCCCUCCUCAGCUUCAUCCCCCUCCUCAGCUUCAUCCUCCACAUGAUCUUCAUCCCUUUCCUCUGAAACCGUUCUCAUCUUGCUAAAGCUUGAUACACAAAGACGUACUUCAUGCGUUUUAGUUAUCUCGAGCAAGUUCCGAACUUGUCUAUCACUUGUAACAUGAAUAGGAGGAAGGUCUGGAGCCAUCUGUUGUAAUGAGUAGGUUAGCUCCACAGACUCUGUGUUCAUGUCCAGGUUAUAAUCUUCUUGAGCCAUUGCAACAAGAUCAGCAUGUGUCGAACCUUCAUUCAAAAAUAACAUUCUCGCUCCUUUGAAAUGAUCAACCACAAAAUUCCAACUUCCAUCUUUCAACAACCAUUCUCCAUACACUGCAUGUAACUGACGCAUCAUCUGAAAAAGUCAAAAUAAAACACAUU